AUGCUGGAUGCCCCAUCUGCACCAGCACCGGCACCAUCGCCACAACCUUUGCCGCGAGAUGGACAUAUGAACGCAGCUGAGAAAGCUGAGGCUGAGCGAACUCGCGUAUUCCUUGUCGGGGUCGGGGGCGCUACGUGCUCGGGAAAGACGACUCUCGCCAAGCAUCUGAGAAAUGUACUCCCUAAUAGCUUCAUCAUUCACCAAGACGACUUUGCGCCGCCUCAAAAUACGCUUCCUAUCCAUCCCGAACUCGGCGCAGACUGGGACUCUGCCCCAACGGCCAUUGACUGGCCCCGUUUACGAUCCUUCCUACAUAUAGUCAAAGAUUCCGCCACCAUUCCAGCCGACCAUUCAUCACACGACCACUUGAACGCACAGAAUCCUGUACCUGUCACAGACGAUACGUAUGAUCGUGUCAAGACCCGCAUAGUGCAGAAGCAGCGCGAGAUUGAGAAGCGAGAAGGCGUCCGUGUCGUAUGGGGUCUCGUCGACGGUUUCUUGCUAUACUGGGAUAAGGAAGUCGUUGAUACGCUCGACGUGAAGAUCUUCCUUCGUGUACCACAUGAAACUCUCAAGCAGCGCCGGGAAGAGCGCUCAGGUUACGCUACUGCGGAGGGCACGUUCUGGAAGGACCCUCCUGGGUACUGGGACAAACUUGUAUAUCCAGCCUACGUCGAGGCACACCGCCAUAUGUUUGAAAAUGGGGAUAUCGACAAUGGCGCGCCAGUAUUACCAGGGCUCACGCUGGUUGAACCGCUUCAACUCCCGAUGGAUGCCGUGGUCGAGCGCGCAUGUUCCGUGAUCGAGGACGCCCUAGAACACCGGAAAUGGCAUUAG